AAGCAUCCACCAAGAAUACUCUCUUUCUCCUCCUCCUCCUCUGCUUUUUUUCCCCCUAUUAUUACAAAUCUCCUAAAGCGUGUCCCUUUGUUCAUCCCUCCAUCGAUCCUUUUCCCACAACAAAAUGCGUGAGAAUCUGCUCUCAAAAAAGGCUGCAUGCAACUCCCAUGGACAGGAUUCUUCUUACUUCCUAGGGUGGCAGGAGUAUGAGAAGAACCCUUACGACCCAAUCACCAACCCGAAAGGAAUCAUUCAAAUGGGCCUUGCAGAGAACCAGCUAUCAUUUGAUCUCAUCGAGUCGUGGCUCGAGGCUCACCCCAACCCAGCGGGGUUCAAGAGAGACGGUGCAUCCAUCUUCCGGGAGCUGGCCCUGUUCCAGGAUUACCGUGGCUUUCCUCCUUUCAAGAAAGCACUGGCAAAUUACAUGGGAUAUUUAAGAGGAAACAAAGUAAGAUUCGAAUCCAACAACCUUGUCCUCACAGCAGGUGCCACUUCGGCUAACGAGACUCUGAUGUUUUGUCUCGCCGGACCCGGCGAAGCAUUCCUUCUCCCAACUCCAUAUUACCCAGGGUUUGAUAGAGACCUCAAAUGGCGAACCGGAGUGGAGAUCGUUCCGAUACAGUGCUCGAGCUCCAAUGACUUCAAAAUCACCAAAGCCGCUCUAGAAGAAGCGUAUCAACGGGCCAAGAAAUGCAACUUGGGAGUCAAGGGAGUGUUGAUAACCAACCCAUCGAAUCCGUUGGGCACCACCACAACCCGAGAAGAACUGGACACCCUGCUCGACUUUGUCGUGGCCAAAGGCAUCCAUCUCAUCAGCGACGAGAUCUACUCAGGGACCAACUUUGGCUCCCCAGGGUUCAUCAGCGUUGCGGAGGCCAUGAUCGGUAGAGAUCACAACGUCUCGCACCGUGUUCACAUCGUUUAUAGUCUCUCUAAAGAUCUCGGGCUCCCGGGAUUCCGAGUGGGUGCAAUCUACUCUAAAAAUAACUCCGUCGUGGAUGCCGCUACCAAGAUGUCGAGCUUCGGUUUGAUCUCCUCCCACACUCAGUAUCUCCUCUCGGAGUUGCUCUCCGACGAGCAAUUCACGAGAAAAUAUACCGAGGAGAACAGGAAGAGGCUUAAGGAGCGGCACGGGCAACUAGUCGAGGGGCUCCGGAAUGCUGGUGUUGGUUGUUUGAGGAGCAAUGCAGGGUUGUACUGCUGGGUGGACAUGAGACACCUGCUCGAGUCCAAGACAUUUGAAGGAGAGAUGAAGCUGUGGAACAAGAUGGUGUAUGAAGUGGGACUAAACAUCUCGCCGGGUUCUUCAUGUCACUGCAACGAGCCCGGGUGGUUUCGUGUCUGCUUUGCUAACAUGUCGGCGGACACCCUCAAUGUUGCCAUCCGGCGGCUGAAGACCUUCAUAGAUUCCGGUCGCCGCAGCCGGCCGCCGGCGCCUGCAUAUCUCGUGCGAAAGAAGGAUUCACAUCCUUCGGGCAAACCCACCGUUGUUUCGCGCAAUGGUCGCUUGGAGAUCUGCGCAAGCGGAUGAAUGGUCGCAUGAACUCUUCUCAUGGUGGGUUCAGGUUGUAUCAUUCGUACCCAAAAGAAAAAAAUGAUUGAUCUUCUUUCGCGACAUCCAUCAAGAUCGUAUAGCACAGAUCUCAAAGCACUUCAAACUUCAUUCAUCUGCUUGCAUGGAUUGCAAAGCUACUAUUGCAUGAUCCAAUGAUAGAUUCACACGAACGAAAAUGAGUCACUAAGGAUGCAACCCCUGUCUCAUGAGAAGACCAAUUGUGGCCAAGCGAGUCCACAAUUAUCAUCAUCGGAUCGGAGGUCCGAACUGUGAUGUUAGCUAGUUCAAAUGCGUGAUUGUUCUUGGAUUUUCAUUUUUUUUUUUUGAGGUUGCUCUUGUGUAAAUUUGUAUCAUUCCUUUUCCUUCCAUUUUUGUUUUCCUUGGAGCACCCGGUCCCUUCAGAUUUUGAAGUGCCCAAGGUUUCAUGUGUAAGAAAUCCUGUUUUGACUUGAAUUCAGUUAAGCUGUUUGGUUUCCCCA